AUGGCCAUACAAGAAGCUCAGUUCUAUUCUGACAAUGUUUGCUUUGGUGGUGGUGGUGGUAGCGGCAGCGGCGACAAUGGUGGCCUUGGCAGUGGCGCGUUUAAUCAAUUCCGUUUUGAUCAUCAACAGCAACAGUUGCAGCACCGACAUGAGAUUGAUCAGUUCAUCAUAUCACAGAAUGAGAGAUUGCGAUUGUUGCUGGAGCAACAAAGAAACCAGCAAAUUGCUAUGUUUUUAAACAAAAUAGAAUCGAGGGCAUUGAUUUUACUGAAUCAAAAAGACGAGGAGAUACAAAAAGCAAAAAACAAAUUAAUAGAAUUACAAAAUCUGUUGAAGAAACUAGAGAUGGAUAACCAAGGAUGGAAAAAAGUGGCUUAUGAAAAGGAAGCAAUGGCUAUGUGUUUGAACAACAAGCUUGAAGUGUUAAAAGAUCGAGCUUCGCGUUGUUUCAUCAAUGGAGUCGACGAUGCAGAAUCAUGUUGUGAAGAUAAGGAUACAAGAAUGGUUUGCAAAUGUUGUAAUAGUCGGAGUAGUUGUGUUUUGUUCCUUCCUUGCAGACAUCUUUGUUCAUGUAAGAAUUGUGAAGCCUUGCUUGAUUCUUGUCCUGUUUGUAAAACAGCAAAGAAAGCUAGCAUAGAGGCCUUGGUUUCUUAG